CGGCCAAUGAAUCGUACACGAAUUUCCAGAAACAUCGAACCAACCCAAGGACUGCCAAUUUUGGGAAACCCCUGACGCCUUAACCGAGGACAUCACCACGCCCGGACGGACGGACGAACGGGAGCCACGACCGGCACAGGCCGAGCUAGCGCCGCCGGCCACGCUGGCUUGACUGGCAGGCGGCUCUGCAGGUGUGGGCCGCCCCCAAAGCUCUGGGCCUGGCUUGGGGUGUUAGUGCUGUGGGCGACAGUGCACAUACAGCUCGGUCUGCUCUCUCGGGUGCGCCUCCUUGGGCUCGCAUACGCACCAAGAGGCAUUGACAAAUAAAUGGGGAAUUUCCCCACAAAAUGCCUCGAUACUGUACCAACCAGAGGCCAAGCCCCAGGUUUUUGGGGCAUCCCACGGGGUAGGACGUGGAAUGGCGAGAGGAUCGAGGAUCGAAGAGCUCGGUUCUGUUGCAAUGGGCGGACAGCUACGUCAUGCUAACAGAUUGUGACACACAAGACCGCAAGCUCGUGUUAGUGUCAGUUGGUACCCACCACUCUGGGCCGAAUCCCGCUGCAAAGCUUCCUGGGGCGCAUCGUCACCCUUGCUGCAUGGAAUGAUCAGACCACAGCAACGGGCGUUGCCUGCGACCCAUUUAUCUUAUAUAUCCCCACGAGGGGGAACCCAGCUGCCAGCCCAUCUUACUUCAAGAUGGGCCCUUUCUCUACUCCUCUCUCUCUUCGGACCGGCGGCGUUGUGUUACUCUCCACUCCUUCUCUGCUGCUGCUUGUCGUAACGACGGCGACUCUCCUCUCCUCCUCGAAUUAGAAGUCCGAGAGGCGCAUCCCGUACCGCACCACCUGGCAACGUGCGCCAUACCGGUCAUCCACGACAGCGACCAUGGCGUCUCCUGUGGCCUCGGCGGCCUUGAAGGCGCGUAUCCGCCGCCCUUCAAUGCUGAACAAGCUCUGCAAUCCCGAGCAGCUACUUCCACACUUCCCCACCGGCUCAUACAUUGGCUGGUCCGGUUUCACAGGGGUUGGAUACCCAAAGAAGAUGCCCACUUAUCUGGCCGACCACGUCGAGAAGAACAACCUCCAGGGCAAGCUGCGGUACAGCCUGUUCGUGGGCGCCUCGUCCGGCGCCGAGACAGAGAACAGGUGGGCUGGCCUGGAUAUGAUCGAGAGGAGGAGUCCACACCAGGUCGGAAAGGCCAUUGCCAAGGGCAUCAACAACGGCAGCAUCAACUUCUUCGACAAGCACUUGUCCAUGUUCCCUGUAGAUCUGGUAUAUGGUUUCUACACAAAAGACAAGCCCAACAAGAAGCUUGACGUUGUGGUGGUGGAGGCAACCGACAUUCUGGAGGAUGGCAGUAUCGUUCCCGGCGCGUCCGUCGGGGCGACACCUGAGCUGGUGCAGAUGGCCGAUAAGAUCAUCAUUGAGGUCAACACAUCCAUCCCAAGUUUCGAGGGCCUGCACGACAUCACCAUGACGGACCUGCCUCCCAAGCGAAAGCCAUACCUGAUCAUGGGCGUCGAGGACCGCAUUGGCACAACCUCGAUCCCCAUCGACCCCGAGAAGGUGGUCGGUGUGCUUCACUCCGACUACCGAGACCAGACGGCCCCCAACACGCCCGCGGAUGAGGGUUCGCAGAAGAUCGCCGACCACAUCAUCGAGUUCUGGACGCACGAGGUCAAGCACGGCCGCCUGCCCGAGUCUCUGCUCCCGAUCCAGUCGGGCAUCGGCAACAUCGCGAACGCUGUCGUCGGAGGGCUGAACGACUCAAACUUCAAGAACCUGAAGGUGUGGACCGAGGUCAUCCAGGACACCUUCCUCGACCUCUUCGACUCGGGCAAGCUGGACUUUGCGACCGCCACCUCGGUGCGCUUCUCGCCCGACGGCUUCAAGCGCUUCUACGACAACUGGGAGGCGUACCACAACAAGCUGCUGCUCCGGUCGCAGCAGGUCUCCAACUCGCCCGAGAUCAUCCGGCGGCUGGGCGUCAUCGGCAUGAACACGCCGGUGGAGGUGGACAUCUACGCGCACGCCAACUCUACGUGCGUGCUGGGCUCGCGCAUGCUCAACGGCCUGGGCGGGUCGGCCGACUUCCUGCGCUCGUCAAAGUACUCCAUCAUGCACACGCCCUCGACGCGGCCCUCCAAGACGGACCCGCACGGCGUGAGCUGCAUCGUGCCCAUGUGCACGCACGUCGACCAGACCGAGCACGACCUCGACGUGGUCGUCACCGAGGCCGGUCUCGCGGACGUGCGCGGCCUGAGCCCGCGCGAGCGCGCCCGCGUCAUCAUCGACAAGUGCGCGCACGAGAUCUACCGCCCCAUCCUCAAGGAGUACUUCGAGAAGGCCGAGUGGGAGUGCCUGCGCAAGGGCAUGGGUCACGAGCCACACCUGCUGUGGAACAGCUUCGACAUGCACAAGGCCCUCGUCGAGGAGGGCAGCAUGGCCAAGGUCCAGUGGAAAUAGAGGCCUUGGUGUGAGGGGGCUUCGGGGAGCACGGGUGGUGGCGGCCGGAGAGGCGCUUAGCGGCGGCAUGACUUAAGCUUAAUAUAAACCGUCGAUUUCUUCUGC